GCCGCCGAGCUCCUCGCGCCGCGCGGCAGAGGGGCGAGGCCGGCACUAUGAAGCGGAGCGCGCGCCCCGCAGGGGACGGGCAGAAGGCUGAGACCAAAGAGGAAUUUGUUAAAGUCAGAAAGAGAGAUUUGGAGAGAUUGACAACUGAAGUGAUGCAGUUACGAGACUUCCUACCUAGAAUACUGAAUGGAGAUGUCUUGGAGAGCUUCCAGAAAUUGGAUGUUAUUGAAACAAACAUGGAGAAAAGAGAGCAAGAACUAGAGCAGGUAAGAAUGGAUUGUGAACACUUCAAAGCCCGUCUGGAAACAGCCCAAGCAGAUUGCAUGAGGGAGAAAAAGGAGAAACUAGCCCUUCGACAGCAGCUGAAUGAGGCAAGACAACAACUACUGCAGCAGGCAGAAUAUUGUACAGAAAUGGGAGCUGCAGUCUGUACUUUGUUAUGGGGUGUCUCUAGCAAUGAGGAAGCAGUUAAAAACAUUCUAGGAGGGAGCAAAGCAGUAAAGUUUUUCACAAUCACGGGACAAACUAUGGAGAGCUUUGUGAGGUCAUUAGGUGAAGAUACCAAACACCAAGAUCUGGAUUCUGAUGAAAAUCAGUUUGUAUUAGCUUUGGCAGGGAUUGUGACAAAUGUUGCUGCAUUGGCAUGUGGCCGUGAAUUCCUGGUGAAUUCAAAUCGGGUGUUGUUGGACACAAUGAUGCAGCUUCUGGGAGACAUGAAGCCAGGACUCUGUACCAAACUGAAAGUGCUAAUGCUGAUGUCACUGUACAAUGUGAGCAUCAACUUGAAAGGCUUGAAGUACAUUAGUGAAAGUCCAGGUUUUAUUCCAUUACUUUGGUGGCUAUUGAACGACCCAGAUACAGAAGUAUGUCUGCAUGUUCUACGGCUUCUCCAGUCUGUGAUUCUAGAGCCAGAAGUUUUAGCAAAGUCAGCGCCUGAGAUGCGUGACACCUUGCCAUUUCAACGUAUCAUAGCACUGUCAAAGAGCCGCAACGCAGAGCUGCAAACACUGACGCAAGAACUGCUUGAAGACCUCAAAAUCCUAGAGUGUGAAGUGUAGAGACAUAGUCGCUGGAGUAUUAUGACAUCAACUGUUUACAUUUUCCCCAUAUUUUUAUGCUGCAAGGGUAUGCAAAAUAUUAUAGCAGAUUAAAAAUAUACAAGUAAUUAGUAGAGGUGGACUUGGAUUGAAUCAUUUCAAUCUAGCUAGUUACCUGUAUCAGAAUCCCUGCCACUAGCCAGAUAACCCAAUGCAAAUAAUACGUGAAAAAAAAAAAAACAUGUUGUUUGUUAGGUGCCUGAACAUAAUCCUAGAAGAGCUCCCAGAAGAAUGACAGGUUUAAUUUAUUUCAUAGGGUUUUGUUGAUAACGUGUUUCAAAAGUGAUCCAAACCAUAUGACCUGCUGGUGAUACAUAGGGAAUAAAAUAAUCAUCUGAACUAUAGGCAGCACAUUCUUUAUUUUCAAGGAUAGCCAACCUUUUUGGUCCAAUUCAGUCCAUCUCUAAUAAUUAGUGUGCUAAAAGUCAACUUUGAUGCUUUUUAUAACUCUAGUGUUUCAGAAGACAAGAAAUUUCAUUUUUAUUGUUAUUGUUUCUUUUCUCUAUCCUUUCUAAUCAAAGACAAUUGGAAUUGUGUGGAGUGUAUUAGAUUCUGCUUUAGAAUUUUUCAUUCAAAUUCAGUGGAGCUGCUGGAGAACUGAGUUUGCAGCUGCCAUGAAUAAUAGCAACUGAGCUUCCCAUAGGCCCUGCAGAAGGGAAAAGAUUGCUGUGGUCUCAAUAUACCUAGUUCCAUAGCCAAAGAGGCUAAAAUUAAUUACUGCUCUGUCAUGAACACUGGUGUAUUUAUUUGAAAUUCUCAUUAUUUAUUAGGGCUAAGCUUGCUUACAUCAAUUAAAAACCCCCCAAACCAGCUAUAUUAUAUACUUUGUAAUGCUAUGAUUUAUGUCUAUCAAUAACGCUGUCAUUUCCAGUUUUCUUGUGUUUGUAACAUAGCUUGCAAUGUGACAGUGUUGGAAACAGUGACAGAUAAGAUACAUACUUUUACAGAAACAACAACUUCCUCUUACCCACUGGUGUUAUGGUUCUUCACCGAUGAAGCCAACACAUUAAGAAAAAUGAAGAUCCCAACAUAUUAACAAAAAUGCAGCAUUGGUGUCUUCUACUUUUACAUCUGUGCAGAAGACUCAGAACACAAUCUUCUAAAAUCAAUUUUAGACAAUUUUGUUGAUGUGUCUUGCAUCUGCAUCACGCUACAGCAUUUUUUUUUUUAUUAUUCAAAUAGUAGCACAAGACAAAAAACAAUGUAAAGCUUAAAAGUUCCAUCCCUGUUCAGCAAAGCACUGAACAUAGGCUUAACUUUGAUUUGGGAUUUAACCACAGGCUUAAAGUUAAGCACACAUUUAAGUGAUUUGCUAAAGUGGGGCCCCAGUGCCUCUGAACUCAUUGAUGA